AUGUGUUGCCUUGGACCCUUUCUAUUUCAUGAUCAAAUACAGCACCCACUGCUCAACUCCAUCUCCCUCAUUCCCUUCUUCUCAUCAAACAAUCACGACAAACCCCCAAGAGCAAUCAUGUCCUCCAAGCUAAUCCCCAACACGACCCAAGACGCCGACACAGACAACUCGUACGUCUCCCGGCCAGGCCACAAGCACGAGCCAGUGCAGGUCAUCGCCGACGAGCAAGCCAGGGACGAGGUGAAAAACAACAACCAGACCAACAACACAAGCAGUGAUCAACUCGACAAACAAGCCAUCGACCAAUCCAACAUCAUCUUCAGCACCAAACCCGUCACCCGCGGCGCAGCUCCCGCAAAGGGGGCCUACAAAGAGCCCACUGACACCGAGGGCCUGCCGAGGAAUGAUGGGCGGAGCUCUGUCUAG